UAACUUAUUAAGGAAGAUCCUGUCCAUUAAAAAUGAAAGGUGGAGACGAUCUAGCAGCUGCUCAAUUACAGACUGAACUCUCUCUCUCUCCUUUCUAGAUAAGAUGGAAAGACUACCAUCGGAGCUGUGUCUGAAAAUUUUGCGUUUACUGGAUCAUCACAAUCUCGCAGCUGCUCAAUUAGUUUGCAGGAGAUGGAAAGCGUUAGGAUCAGAAGAGAGUUUAUGGUGCGAUCUGUUCAAAGAGAGGUGGGGUUUAGAUCAUGCGGCAUUCUACGCCCCAACUGGUUCCAGAUCAUGGAAGGACGCAUAUGCAGUGCAGGAUCGGUGCGAUCGAGUUGGAUUGGGGUUGAAGAUUAUAAGGGAAGGAGAUGAUUAUUACCUUAUCCAUGGAGGAGAGAUUCAGCGACAUUUGGGCAGGAAGAGGGGUGAAAGCAGCAGAAACAACACCGCUAAAAGUGUGGAGGAAGAAAAAGAGGCAGGUUUGGGUAUAUUGGAUAAGAUCCUUUUCUUCAUUGGGGACCUUGAAUCUGCCACCAUGCAAGCAAAAAGAAAUCACCUCAUGUAAAUUCACACUCUGGUUAUUAUUGGAACUCUAUAUCUAUCAGCUAGCUUUAGAAUUCCUUUUCGUUUCAGUGUAUUAUCGUAAAUUUACUUUUACGAGUCAUGCCCUAGCUAGGACUAAUUCAUCAUGUAUUUCUAUGAAUCCAUAUUUUCUUGUACUUUGUAAAUACGAUUGAUCAAUAAUAAAAUUCUUUGCAAUUA